AUGAGUGCUAUGGACUUGAGGGUGGGAAAUAAAUAUCGGAUAGGAAGGAAGAUCGGUUCAGGCUCUUUUGGUGACAUUUACCUUGGCACAAAUAUUAUCAACGGUGAAGAAGUAGCCAUCAAACUAGAAUCCACAAAAGCUAAACACCCACAAUUGGAAUAUGAAGCAAAAGUGUAUAAAACACUUGCUGGUGGUGUGGGCAUUCCGUUUGUUCGUUGGUACGGUACAGAAUGCGAUUAUAACGCUAUGGUUAUCGAUUUAUUGGGCCCAUCCUUGGAGGAUUUGUUCAAUUUUUGUAAUCGUAAAUUUUCAUUAAAGACUGUGCUGUUAUUGGCUGAUCAAUUGGUAGAUAUCAAACCCGACAACUUUUUAAUGGGGAUUGGUAAACGUGGUAAUCAAGUAAAUGUAAUUGAUUUUGGUUUAGCCAAGAAAUAUCGGGAUCCAAAAACACAUUUACAUAUCCCUUACAGAGAAAAUAAGAAUUUGACAGGUACAGCUCGAUAUGCUAGCAUUAAUACUCACUUGGGAGUUGAACAAUCCCGUCGUGAUGACCUUGAGUCACUGGGAUAUGUAAUGAUGUACUUUUGUCGUGGAUCUCUUCCAUGGCAAGGCCUUAAAGCUGCUACAAAGAAGCAAAAAUAUGAUCGUAUUAUGGAAAAGAAAAUGACCACACCUACAGAACUCCUUUGUCGCACAUUUCCAAAUGAGUUUGCUAUCUAUUUGAAUUAUACACGGUCUCUUCGAUUUGACGAUAAACCUGAUUAUAGUUAUCUAAGAAAAUUGUUUAGGGAUUUAUUUGUUCGUGAAGGUUUUCAAUAUGAUUAUGUUUUCGAUUGGACAAUUUUUAAAUAUGAAAAAGACGCGAAUAAAGUACAUAAUAAUAUGGCUUUACAACAAAUGCCGGUUGAUGAACAUGGUGUUGUUGAACAAGUUGAAGAAGACAAUAAAGGUCAAAAACAACGUAUUACUUCUAGACCAGCCACUGGAUUAGUGAAUGUAAAUGAACCCUCAGCACCACAGCGUCGAACUGCAAACAAACCGACCAACUAUGGUAUGGGUGGUUCACGAGCUGUUCCAACAACUCAGCUACCACCAUCUCAAAGCGGCCCCUCACGCUUAACACAACCAAGGCGUAGUACCAAAGAGGCUACAGCUCAACCUGUACCCUCAGACAGAUUACUUCGUAGCCAAACUAAGAAUAACCCACCAACAUAUAAUAUGAAUUCGUUCCGAGUUAGGAAAGAUGAUACAUCCGGUGGAAAUGGGCAAUGGUACUGA